UUCUAGAUUAACAACUUAUGAACAAAAAUUGGCUUUUAAAUGUAUCCAAAAUUAUUAAGAGAGUGAGGAAGCUUCAACAAUGGCUGCCUUCUUCUACUCAUCUCUCAAACCCUCCACCACUCCUCUCCAUCACCUCUCCUUUUCCCCCCAACCACAAGCCAUCUCCACCGCCGCAACCUCUCCCACCCAAAACCUCCGUUUAGUAUUCGCCGCCGGCGGCACAGGCGGCCACAUCUACCCCGCCAUCGCCAUAGCAGACCACCUCAAAACCCUCCACCCCAACGCCCAAUUCCUCUUCGUCGGAACCCCCACCGGAAUGGAGGCCACAGCCGUCCCAUCCGCCGGAUUCCCCUUCACCCCCGCCCCCGCCGUCCCUCUCCGUCGCCCCUUCCUCUCUCUCUACAAUCUCUUCCUCCUCCCUUUCAUCCUCGCUAACUCAAUUCUGCACAAUCUCAGAAUCCUCCAACAAUUCGACCCCCACAUUGUCAUCGGCACCGGAGGCUUCGUCUCGUUUCCCACAUGCCUCGCCGCCGCCGUCAGAGGCGUUAAGCUGAUCAUACAAGAGCAGAACUCCGCACCCGGAAUCGCAAAUCUGGUUCUUUCCUUGUUCGCCCACAAAAUCUUCGUGGCCUUCGAUUCUAGCGUGGACCGUUUCUUAUGGAGGGAUAAAUGCGUUGUCUGUGGGAAUCCGGUGAGGCUGUCGUUGAUGAAUGGGGCGUCGAAGGAGGCGGGAAGGAGGCGUUUCUUCCCGGGAAUGGAGGUGGAGAAGGUGGUGGUGGUUCUUGGAGGGUCAUUAGGUGCUUAUGCGAUCAACGUUGCAAUGGUCAAUGUGUAUUGCCAGUUGUUGUCGGAGAAUGAUGGACUCUUUGUUAUAUGGCAGACGGGGAUGGACGCCUUCACAGAGAUGGAGAGCCUUGUGAGGACUCAUCCUAGGCUACUUCUUUUUCCAUUCUUGAACGAUGUGGAUUUGGCGUAUGCUGCUGCAGACCUUGUUGUUUCGAGGGCUGGGGCAAUGACCUGCUCUGAGAUCCUAGCGACUGGGAAGCCUUCUAUCUUGAUACCGUCACCAUAUGCUGCCGAGGGACACCAGUUAAAAAAUGCUCAACUCAUGGCCAAUGUAGCUGGUUCGAGGGUUAUAACAGAAGAUGAACUCGACUCAGCAACCCUUAGAAAUGCAAUCCAAGGAAUUAUCGAUAACGAUACACUGAUGGAAGAGAUGUCUGAGAGGGCUUUGAAAGCUGCCAAAACAAAGGCCUCUGCUGAGAUAGCCGAACUUAUCAUCUUCCUAACCUCUGAAGUAACUUGAGUUCUUGAAGGAUUACUGAAAAUACAUUCACCUGUUUUCAGUAAACAGCAGGUUGCUGAGUUUAGUUUUAACAUGCUGAUAUGAUUAGUGUUUUGAACUGUUUAAUUUCAAUAGACUGGUUGAGGUAGCAAAAAAUCUUGGAUGGUUUAUAUAUGUACACACACACACACAUCAAUUUCAUUCCAGUUAUGUACUUCUUUAUGAUUCAGUUCUGUGCAGGACUUCCUCUCUGAUCAUUGCCAUUUGCUUCCCUUCUUGGUGAACUUGUGUAGCAUCAAGGGACAUGUCAUCAUCUAUAAGAUAAAUGAAACUAUCUGUGACUUUGAGCUUUGCAUUUUCAAGAUUGGAACCACCAUUUCUUGAAGAGAGCAAGAAUGCGGAUGAAUCUGGAAACACUGACCUCUAAUGCUCUUUUUGACAGUUCUGUGGCACGAAACUGCAGUGAAACAUCCUUCUUGCAUUGAUCCAGUAGCUUCUUCUUUUGUCAAGAGUUGUCUGGAAGAAUCUGUGAAACUAAGGUUGUGCUUGUAUCCGGGUUAAGGGAAGUGGUUGAAAGCCUCCGGCCAUUGUACAAAGACACAUUGAGGGGUUUCAGUUUCUUAGGAGCCGAGGGAAGUGGUUGAAAGCCUCAUGGAUCUUUAUCAAUGAAUUGUAUGCUAUCAGACAACUCAGCAGGAGAAGUGUGUGGUGAGACACGUUCGGGCAUGUUGGAAGGACGAUGCUUGUUUGAAAGGAUGGAUGAGUCACAUGCCACUCGAUCACACCCUUAGGUUUAAGUAGAUGUCUUUGUUUGCAUGUAACUAUGAAAUCUUUCAUUCCUAGGGGUGGGAAUACGGAUAUCGGGUAUUGGGUAAACCCAUAUCCGACCCGAUACCCGCCGGGUAUUGGGUAUCCAAUAUAUCUACUUUUAUGGGAUUGGGUAUGGAAAUUUAAGAUGAUUCGAGUAUUGGGUAACCCAAAUGGAUAUCGGGAAUUACCCGAAUACCCAAUUUAUUAUUUUAAGUAUUUUUAUAAAUUAGGUUUAGUCAUUUCGGGCUUCAAGA